UGGUGAGAGAUGAUGAUGAUGAUGAUGAUGAUGACGAUGACGGUUUGAUGAUGAUGACAAUGAUUGAUGGUGAGAGUGAUGGUGGUGAUGAUGAUGAGGAUCAUCUUGAUAAUGUCGACUCUCUUGAGUGCUUUGGCGAUGCAUGAGGACGUGGGCGUGGGUUUUGUUGAGGAAGCGGGAGGAGGAGGAGGAGGAGGAGGAGGAGGAGACAACGAUCGAGAUAACUAUGAUGAUGAUGAUGAUCAUGGCGGAUCUUGUUCUGCUCGAUGGCAAGUGGACGAAGAAGAGGGAAAUGAUGGAUGCCUGAGUUCUAGUGGACAGUCGAACGAGAGUGAUGAUGGUGGGAAUGAUGAUGCUCAUGCCGUCGCUGCUGUCGCUGUUACGGAUGAUGAUGAAGAUGGUGGCGAUGAUAAGAUGACGAUGAUGGUGUUCAUGAUGAUGAUGAUGAUGAUGCAGCUGCUGCUGCUGAUGAUGAUGGUAGUGAUGGUAGUGAUGAUGAUGAUGAUGAUGAUGAUGAUGAUGAUGAUGAUGAUGAUGGUUGCCGCGUUUCCUGGGGGGAGAGGAGGAGGAGGAGGAGGAGGAGGAGGAGGAGGAGAGGGAGGAUGGGAUGAUAUGGAGAACAGCGAUCGCGACGGCCAUUUACUGGGACAGAAUCUUCGAUGCAACGCCGUCGCGAUCGCGACCUGGGAGUAAUCAGGCUCCGGUAUCUUUAAAAAAAAACAAAAACAGAAAACGAAAAUGAUGAUUCUGCCUCUCUCCUUCUUUUCCUCUUUUUUGUAAUAAUAUUUCUGUUCUCGGAAUUUUGACUAUUUACUUACAUUAAUGAAUUAUUAAUUAAUUA